AUUAAUCUCAAGUGCGGCGCUUGAUGUUCAAAACCCCGCCAACCUCGCGAAGGCGAAAGCGACUUUCAAAUGACCUCUCAAUCCUUCGAUUCUUUUUGCCGUUUUUGGUCACGCGAUUGCUGAUAAUAAACGAUGAAUGUGGGGGAUCUUAACAAGGUAUGGGAGAUCAAAGCUCUCAAAAAGGCUGGGCAAGAAGAAGCGAAGAACAUGUUGGAGAAAAUCGCCAAACAGGUCCAACCUAUUAUGCGUAAACACAAAUGGAGGGUCAAAGUCCUUUCUGAAUUCUGCCCAAAAAGUCCGGCGCUUCUAGGGUUGAAUGUCGGAGCUGGUGUGCAUGUGAAGUUGAGGCUGCGGAGGCCAAACAGGGAUUGGGACUUUUUCCCAUUUGACCAAGUUCUUGAUACAAUGCUUCAUGAGCUUUGCCACAAUAUUCAUGGUCCUCACAAUGCCAACUUUUACAAGCUUUGGGAUGAACUUAGGAAGGAAUGUGAAGAGCUGAUGACUAAGGGAAUAACUGGGAUAGCAGAGGGGUUUGACCUUCCUGGAAGGCGUUUAGGUGGUUUAUCUCGCCAACCUUCACUACCUUCACUUUCAUCUCUCCGUAAAGCUACACUUGCUGCUGCAGAAAAUAGAGCACGCUUGGGGCCUCUCCUUCCAUCUGGGCCUAAACGCCUUGGUGGUGACAGUACAAUAAUGUGUGCACUUAGUCCAGUGCAAGCUGCUGCAAUGGCUGCAGAAAGGAGAUUACAGGAUGAUAUAUGGUGUGGUUCUCAAUCUUGUGAACUUUCAUCUGACGAAGAUGCAGACUACAAUGUUGCUAAGGAUCUUGAACAUAAGGAAGAAAAAGUGGGAUGCAUAAGAAAAAGAGAUAAUUCAACUCUACCUUUGGAUCCAAGAUCCAAAAAAAGAAGGAAUGAAUCAGAUCCAAGUUUCAGUGCCCCUUCAGAUUUUAAAUAUGUGGACCUAACUAUGGAUACAACAGAAUUUGGAUCCAUCAGUGUACAUCAAAUUAACUCUCAGAGAAUUUGUUCUGAAUCAGAAAUGAUAUGUUGUUCUCGGUCCUAUACUCAGGGAGAAUCUAGUGCUUCAGAUUUGUCAAUUCCUUCUCCCAAGUCACUACCUGAUAAUCGUGGAACACUUCAUUCUGAAGAAUCUGGCAUGUGGGGGUGCCUGAUGUGCACUCUGUUAAAUAGGCCAUUAGCUCCUAUAUGUGAGUUGUGUGGAACACAAAGGCAAAAAGAUGCUGCCACCAAGUACGAGAGCUGGUCGUGUAAAUUCUGUACGUUGGAGAACAGUGUGAAGUUGGAUAAGUGCUCAGCCUGUGAUCGGUGGAGAUACUCUCACGGCGCUCCUGUGUCAACCCGACCUCCCAACCUUGGCACUUGAGGGAAACUCUUCAAUCUACCAUGAAGUCUGCUUUGUCUGUUUUGAGGAGAAAAAAGCAUGAUCUCGUGGAAGUCUCGCACUUCAUGGUAUGUGUUUUGAUGAUGGCUUUUUGGUCUUUCGAAAAUUUUGUAAAACCUUCCCUUCCAUUAUUUGUUUAUAAUUUUGUCUGACUUCAAGCCAUAUAAUGCAUUUUGUCCUCUCAUCUCUAAAUACAAGUCCUGAUGUGUAAAAGAGGGGAACACAGCCUUCACUGUUACGACUUGUCUGAGAAAGAAUUAAACUUGUCUA